CCACAUUGCAGUUCGGACUGUCCGAUCCGAGCCCAAAAAGAGGACGUCCGCAAUGGCGCCUGCAACCGUCGCUUACGGUAGACUGCCGGGACGUACUACAGUCUACACUGCAUAAUUUUGCAUCAUGAUUCAUGAUCGAGAGAAGGGAGAGUAGCAUUGGCAAGUCAAGGUGUUUCCACAUCGUAGCAAGAACAAGAUCAAAACUGUCUUCGAAAUUGCAUCGGAAGCUCCUCAUGUAAGCUUGUUUCUACCAUUGGCCGCCACCAUGUCUCCAGUCGCCUCUGAUUCGGCAAUCGCCGAGGCGGCGGUCGCAACGCCAGUUCCCGAGGAUCUCGAGCCAGCGGUAGCUGCUGAUGGGGGGGAGAGCGUGGAGCAGAAUGUGACCCCCUGGGAGGUGCAGGGCGCUGAUGGUCAGGGUAUUGACUACGACAAACUGGUGGAGAAGUUUGGGUGUCAGAAACUGGACGAGGCAACAAUUGCAAGGGUUGAGCGCCUGACGGGGAUGCCGGCACAUCCGUUUCUCAAAAGAGGGAUCUUCUUUGCUGUCAGGGAUUUCAAUGACAUCUUGGAUGCAUAUGAAGCCGGGAAAAAGUUCUACCUGUACACUGGCCGAGGCCCCUCGUCAGAAUCGCUCCACCUUGGCCAUCUCAUUCCCUUCCAAUUCACGAAAUACCUGCAAGACGCAUUCAAGGUGCCGCUGGUAAUCCAAUUGACGGACGACGAAAAAGCCAUCUGGAAGAAUCUGAGCGUCGACGAAGCACGGCGGCUGGCGCGAGAGAACGCGAAGGAUAUCAUUGCGUGCGGUUUCGACGUGACGCGAACGUUCAUCUUUGCGGACUUUGAUUACGUGGGGGGACCGUUCUACCGGAACAUCGUGCAGAUUGCGCGGUGCGUCACGUAUAACCAGGUCAAGGGCAUCUUCGGGUUCACGAACGACGACAACAUCGGCAAGAUUGGUUUCCCCCCUGUACAGGCCGCCCCGUCUUUCCCAACCUCCUUCCCUCACCUCUUCGGCUCUGAUCGGGACAUCCGAUGUCUCAUACCAUGCGCAAUAGACCAAGACCCUUACUUUCGAAUGACGCGCGACGUUGCACCUCGGCUGGGAUAUCACAAACCCGCGUUGAUAGAGUCGCGGUUCUUCCCAGCCCUUCAGGGCGAAAACACGAAAAUGAGCGCGAGCGACCAGACGUCGGCCAUCUACGUGACGGAUACAGCGAAGCAAAUACAAGAAAAGGUUAGGAAGUACGCGUUCUCGGGCGGCCGCCAGACCAAGGAGGAGCACCGCGCGCUCGGCGCAAACCUAGACGUCGACGUGCCAUUUAAGUGGCUCACGUUUUUCCUGGACGACGACGAACAAUUAGAGGCGAUCCGGCGGGAUUACGGCAGCGGGGUUAUGUUUACGGGGGAGGUUAAGGACACGCUGAUUGCGUUGCUGCAAGGGAUGGUUGCGCGCCACCAGGCCGCACGGACCAUGGUCACGGAAGAGAUGGUGGACGUCUUCAUGUCACCACGCCCUCUCCCGAACAUGUUUGAUUGACAUAUCUUCCCAGAAACCGUCCAUUUUGUUUGGAAAUCACCGUCUCCGAUUGGCGUCCGUGAAUGGACCAGCAAGGACACAUGCGAGCAGCUCAUCCGCAAAUGAAGUCGGUUGACUUGCGUACUCGAAUCCUGAGGCUAAUGAGUCUGAUGCGCGUUUUCAACAAAGCGCCCACAGACUCGCUUUUAUUAAAUACACCAUGCUGUGCCGUCCAAUGACAAUGCGGUCGUCCCAACCAUAGAUUUCCAUGUUGCUUCACA